AUGGUGGUAGCGACAGGCGGAGCAUCGAAGCGGCUCGUGCGGUGCGCAGGUGCUGCACUGCACACGGCAGCUUUGCCCACGACCCAGCGGCUGUUGGCGAGUGGUUCGCAAAGGCUCCCUGUCGUCUCGGCUACUGCCUCCCGCACGCGCACGGUACUGGGUUCGGGCGGGGUGAGGCAUGCAAGCUCGUCGGGCAACAAGCCGACCGAAGACGAAGCAGAACGGCACAGGACACAGUACAACUACGAUCCGUUUACGCUGCACCCGGACGCCAAGCACUACAGCUAUCCGCUGGUGACUGCGGAUGAUCUUGCGGCACGGUCUGAGGCGCACUCUAGCGACCGCAGGGAGGGAGGGGAGGAGAAGGUGAUGGGGCCGGGGGGUAGGCCGAGGGAGGUACGCAUGCUGGCGCGCGACUUUAUCCACGACAGCCUGUACAAUCCUCGCUACGGCUACUUUUCCAAGCAGGCUGUGCUGCUUCCCGACGCCGAUCCCGCGUCUUCAAAGGGAGAGGAGCAGUACGAGAUGGUGGGUGGGGAGACGUACGAGCACGAGAUGGGCGUGCUGCGACCGAGCAGCGGAUUCGAGUUCAACGCGAUCAAGAACGAGAGCGAGUUCAUGCGCAUGGUCGAGGAGCGGUACGAGUCGUUUGAGACGCAGAUCGCGGUGCUCGUACAGGAGCGUCAGAACGCGCUGGAUGCACAGACUAAACAGGACGAGUUUGCCCAGUCGGUGCAACGGGAACGUCGAGAACGCGUGGCAAAGCGACAGGAGGGAGCCGCGACUCGGGUGGCCGAGUACUCGGCAGCCGGAUUGGAAGCUGCCCAGCGCAAGGGACGGGCAAUGGCACGGGAAGGAGUGCAAGAAGCGGAUGUGCAGAGCAUGGCAGCCAAGCAAGUGUGGCAUACACCCACGCAGAUCUUCCAGCCGUACUACGCCCAUGCGAUCGCGCGCUACUUGGUGGCCGAGUACAAGCUGCACAACUACCCGUACGACGACCUGGUGAUAUUCGAGCUGGGUGCCGGGUCGGGAGCACUUGCACGCGGGAUCUUGGACUACCUUGCCUCGAGCGAGCCGGAGAUCUACACGCGUACGCGCUAUCGCAUCGUCGAAAUCAGCGAGCGACUUGCACAGGAGCAGAGGCGCAAGUUGGCCAGGCACGCUGCAGCGGGCAGGGUCGAGGUGGUGCACCGCGAUGUGCUGGCGUGGAGCGACGAGGUGGUGGAGCCGUGCUUCGUGAUCGCACUCGAGGUGCUGGACAACCUCGCGCACGACGUGGUGCGGUUCGCGCUGGAGGAUCUGACGCCCUACCAGGGGGUGGUAUCGAUCGAUGAGACGGGCGAUAUGCACGAGCUGUACGAACCGCUCAGCGACCCACUCAUCCAAAGGUACCUCCAGAUCAUCGGUCGAGAUCUAUCGCCUCUGCAGUCGUCCUACCUCCGCCUGCUUCCCGACAGGCUGCGAUCGGUGUUGGCAAAACAUGCGCCGUUUUUUCCAAACCUCUCCGACGCCGUCUUUGUGCCCACCAACGCGCUGCGCUUGUUCGACACACUCAACCGCUUCUUCCCACACCACCGUCUGGUCAUGUCCGACUUCAACGCGCUUCCCGAUUCGAUCGGUGGGGUCAACGCCCCCGUGGUGCAGACGCGCAUCAACGCCCAGAUGGUCCCCGUCACAACCUAUCUCGUCCUCCAGGGAUACUUUGAUAUCUUCUUCCCCACCAACUUCGCCCAUCUUGCAAAGAUGUACCAUGCGGUCAAUGGCGCCUUCUUCAGCCCGCACUUUUCGCCGCACCAGAGGAAGUCCAGAGCCCCACAUGUGCUCGGGCAUGCGGCGUUUUUGGAGAGGUACGCAGAGAGGGAGAAGCUCGUGCUUAGGGACGGAUCCAACCCGCUGCUCGCGUGGUACCAGAACGCGAGCUGGUUCCUGACGUAG